AUGCCCCCCAAGGCCAGCCGAAGGGCGCAAAGCUUGGCUGCGAGAAGGUCAAGGAAAUCAUCCCCCGCGGAAGAUGCUGCCAACGAAGGCGAAAAUGUUACAGCGUUUCUGACGCAGCUUCGGUCCGCCCCUAUGUCGGUCCCCAAGGAUCAGCAGGGCUCAGAACAUCCUGCAAAACGGGCCAAGACAUCACGCCAUGGUGUGAUAACAGUAGCACGGGAAUCUCUGUCGCUUCUCAUUACCGACGCACCAGAUUUCGACUACAAUGGACUGAGCACAUCCCGAGAUGUCAGCAAUAUCAUCGCCUUGCAGGUCUUCACUGCCCAAUCGGCUCAGAUAUUCGUCCCUUCGUCCGAUUUGCAACUGAUAAUUGGACCUCGGACAAAAUCCCGAAACUCAAACUUUCAUCUCUCGUUCCGGCUACAAGGCGAUGAAACAUCCCCAACCUUGAGACCAGCGUUGGAGGUGGCUCAUACUCAAGGUGUCGAUCCCGGCGAUGAAGGAUGUCUGUGGACCGCUGUGGCCAUGUCCAUCCAGCAGAGCGGUCCAGGCCUCCGUCUUGAGGUCUCAAUUGAGGUCAGAUGGAAUGAACAAGUUACAGUUUGGAGCAGCAAAAGGGCUGCCACAUCGCCACAGGAGACGCUUCGAAAUAUCGUGUUUUCGACAUGGUACCCGGAGCUGGCCCUGCCCAAGGAUAAAUUAUCCUCGCUUUCAUGGUCGCCUCAAGACUUUUACGAGGCUGCAUGUGUCCCAGACAAGCAAAGCUUCGAUGCAGAGGUCUCAAAAAUGGAGGUCCCACGGUUAGAGGCAAAACUGUACCCAUUCCAGCAGAGAGCCGUCCAGUGGUUGCUAAAGCGGGAGGGUGUACGGUGGUCUCAAGAUGCACACAACGGCGUGGGCGGUGUCGUGCCAAAUCCGCCGUCAGAUUCGACCGAGUUACCAAUUUCUUGGUCGAAGGCUCAUGAUGUUGAUGGCAACACGAUCUAUUUGAGCCCGCUGAUCGGUGCGGUCACAACAGAUACCGGUUUAUUUGAGGCUCUGGAGGGCCCCCCCGGCGGGAUUCUCGCUGAAGAAAUGGGUCUCGGGAAGACGCUGGAAGUCAUCAGCCUGAUGCUUUUGCAUCCUCGCCCGGAAACCAAUGUCAUGGUCUACGACCACUUUCUAGGGAGGGAGCUACUUGCAUCAUCGGCAACACUGAUCGUCACGCCUACUACGCUGCUUGAUCAGUGGCUUUCGGAGAUGCAACGUCACGCACCAUCUCUCAACGUACUGUUCUAUCCUGGAAUCAGAAAAGCAUCCAAAGAAGGCCAAGAACUCUCAGCAGAGUACCUUGCUCAGCAGGAUGUUGUAGUCACAACGUACGAGGUGCUAAGAACUGAAAUAUGGGCAGCUUCUGACGAGCCUGUGCGAUCGAUGCGGAACGUGAAACAAUAUGAAUCGGUCAAGUCCCCUCUUGUACAGGUCUCUUGGUGGCGAGUGUGCAUCGACGAGGCCCAGAUGGUGGAAAACCGGAGUACCAACGCAGCGCAACUGGCUCGUCGAAUUCCAAGGAUUAAUGCUUGGGGAGUAACUGGUACGCCAGUGAAGGACGAUAUCCAGAAGGAUCUCCGUGGUCUUCUUCUGUUCCUCCGUUACGACCUCUUUGCAGUCCCUGGCAAGGUAUGGAAUCUCAUCUCAAGGCGAGACAAGCAGUCAUUCCGAGAGCUAUUUCGACUUCUAUCUAUGCGCCACACAAAAUCCAUGGUCAAGAGCGAGAUCAAGAUCCCGCCUCAGAAGCGCUAUGUCAUCACGAUGCCUUUUACUGCUGUCGAGGAACAGCAUUAUCAGAGUCUUUUCGAGGAACUGACGGCUAGUUGCGGUCUUGAUAGGCAAGGCAACCCGCUGAGUGAUGAUUGGGACCCUGAAGAUCCCGCUGUCCAGAGUGCUAUGCGUGUAGCUCUCGAUCGACUUCGUCAGACAGCUUUGCAUCCCGAGGUGGGGAGUCGGAAUCGUCGAGCGUUGGGCCAAAAGUCUGCGCCUAUGCGGACGGUCAUGGAGGUUCUGGAAGCCAUGCUGGAACAGAGUGAGGCAGCCAUGAGGACCGACCAACGUAACCUGCUUCAGUGGCAGCUCGCACGUGGACAAAUCCUAGCAUGUCAGAAGCGGGUGAGAGAUGCGUUGGCUUUGUGGAAGGAGGUGCUGAAUAAGGCCAAUGGCUGGGUUGCAGAAUGUCAUCAACAGUUUCGACAAGCCCAGGAGGAGGCACGCAAAGCACGAAAGCCUCGCAACCCGACAUCAGAGAGUGAUGACGAUGAAGAGACUGAUGAGGGGGAGCGUGAGGAGUUUUGGUCUGCUCAGGUCGGUGAGGCUCGACGCAGGUUGCGUUCUGCUUUGGAGGUACAGCAUGCUGCUGUGUUCUUCUGUGGAAAUGCAUACUUUACGAUCAAGACAGAUGAGACGUCGACUGUGAAGGACUCGGAUGAGUUCAAAGAGCUGGAGAAGCUCGAGGUGGAAAGCUAUGACCGCGCCAAAGAGAUCAGAAAGGAGAUUCUUCACGAGAGCCACAAGAAGGCUACCAAGCUAAUGGAGCACUUGGCUCAUCGGGCUGCCGAGCAAAAUUUUGCCGAGAUCCCUGAAUUCAAGCCUCCCAGUCAAUCGGGACUCGAGACGAGCAGAAUCGUCGAUGCCUUGACAGACAUCGGCGGGGCUUUGGACGAACAAGCAAACCAGAUAGAUGAAUGGCGAGAGCACGUUAUUCAGCUUCUUCUCAAACCGCUGGUCGACGAAGAUAACGACGAGGUCACUGGUGAAGAGUACGAGCAAUCGACCAAGCUCCAAGACGAGAUUCUUGUCUAUCUUCAAGUCCUCCGCACCGCUCUUGCUGACCGGUCAGCCGCGGUAACUGGACAGAAGAACUUUUUGGUGGAACAUGAGACCAAAGUUGCUGCUCGGAUGGCGGCUGAGGGAGACGGACCUUUUCCCGAAAAGCUCCUCCAGCUUCUUGCUCAGAGCCAGGCUAUCAAGCCUCCUUUUGUUGAGGGGCAGGCACUCAGUUCAUUGAGAGGGGUGGUAUCAGAGCUGCGAGGUUUGACUCUGAAGCUGAGACAAGACACGGCUUCAGGAAGUGCAAGGGCUGCUGCCGAGCUUGAGAUUGCCGAUGCACUGCUCAAGUCGACAACUAAUCACCAGAAUGACCAGGCGAAGGCUGUUGCGUCCAUGGAGAAGGAGACAGAAAAGUGCAUGGAUACGCUCAAUGCUCGGUUGGCCUUUUAUCGUCAGCUUCAAGAGGUUUCCGAUAUGGUCGGUGAUUAUGAGGGCUCUAGAGAGGAGGGACCUCUUCAGACGGCGCUUCGGACGGCGGACAAGCAAGUGCAGAUUUUGCAGGGGAGGCUUGCAGCUGCUGAAGCCAAGCACAGAUACUUGAUCCACCUGAAAGACACCGAAUCAGGCUCCGAAGAGUCCAAGACGUGCAUCAUCUGCCAAUCUACCUUCUCGAUCGGAGUUUUGACGGUAUGCGGCCACCAAUUCUGCAAAGAAUGCAUAACUCUCUGGUGGAAAGCCCACAGAAAGUGCCCCGUCUGCAAGAGGCAGCUCAACUCCAACAACCUCCACGACAUCAGUCUCAAACCUCAGGAACUCAAACUCCAUCCCGAGUCAACAACAGCAGCCCCUGCUCCUUCGUCCAGUCCCCACGAUCAGCCCUCAUCCUCCUCCUCCCCCACCAGUCCAUCCCAACCCACAACAACAAUCUACAGCACCUUCAACCCAGAAAAGCUUUCCCAAAUCAAAUCCAUCGACCUCCCUUCCUCCGGGCCCUCGUACACAACCAAAGUCGACACCCUCCUCCGCCAUCUCCUCUGGCUCCGGAGUUCGGACCCCGGAGCGAAAUCAAUCAUCUUUUCCCAAUACAAGGAAUUCCUCGAAGUCCUCGCUCUUGCUUUCAAGAGGUAUCACAUAGGGUACACCUCCUUCGACAAACCCAACGGCACCACCUCCUUCAAAUCCGACCCUUCCGUUGAAGUCUUUUUAUUAUCCGCGCGAGCACACUCUUCGGGGUUGAAUCUAGUCAACGCAAGCCAUGUUUUCAUCUGUGAACCAAUGCUCAACACUGCGCUUGAACUGCAGGCGAUAGCAAGGGUGGACAGGAUCGGGCAGGAGCAGGAGACGACGGUGUGGUUGUAUCUGGUGGAGGGGACGGUCGAGGAGGGGAUAUAUGAUUUGAGUGUGAGGAAGAGGUUGGCGCAUAUUGGGGGUGGGGGGGGACAACAGCAGCAGGAUGAUGAUAAUGGCAAGAAGGGCAAAGGGAAGGGAAAGAGGGCUGGGACAGUGGUGGCGGUGGUGGAUUUGGAAGAGGCGGAUAGAUUGGAGAUGCAGCAGGCUAAGCUGGGGAGGUUGAUGGGGAGGGACGGGGUUAUUGCGGGGGAGGUGGUGGAGGGGGAGGAUUUGUGGAGCUGUUUGUUUGGGCAUUUGAAGAGGGGGCAGCAGCAGGGGACUGAUAGACAGUUGGUGGAGGAUCCGGUGACGAGGGGGUUUUUGGCUGCUGAGGCGGUGGAGGGGAGGAUGGUUAUUAGGAACGGCGAGGGGAGGGCGUAA